AUGCUCAUAAAGGAGGAGAAUACUCCGGUGGCUACGGCCGAGCCUCCUCCGCCUCUGUCAGCUCUGCCCGGAGGAUUCCUCAAACAGCUGGUGAGAGAUUCGGAGAAGGAGACCAAAACUAAAGAGCCGGAGGUCAAGGACGACAAGGCACCCAGCAAACUGAGCGACAACCUGGUCCAGCAGUUCCUCGUUCCAGACCAGACUCCUCCGAUCCUCGAGGCCGAGAUGUCCCUCCGAGCCGAGAAGCUGACGGGCGACAGCAGGCAGGGCCGCAGCUCUUCGUCCCAGUCGGACCAAACGUCGUCGCCUCUGAGGUACUUCGUCAGCCCCGAACCCGCCGGCAAACAGGAAGCCACGCGGACCGCCGUAACGCCGGAGCAGCAGCAGCAGGAGACGAGGGAGAGCAAGAAGGAGAGCAAGAAAGCGCCGCGGGCCGAGCAGAAGAAAGAGAGGAUAGAGAAAGUGGAGCAGGUGAAGAUGAAAGAUGAAGAGAUGGAGAGGAGGCAGGAGCCGGAGGGAAGACAAGCAGACACGACGGUGACAGAGCAAGACAGAAGAGAGGUGAAGGAUGUUUGGUACGAAGCUGGAACUGUGUGGUACGCUCAUAAGGACGGUUUCAACCUCGCCACUCAGCUGAAGCCAGAUGAAGGAACACCUGAUCUCCCAGAAGGCCGAGUGAGAGUCCGCCUGGAAACAGACGGCUCGCUGCAUGACGUCACACAGUAUGAAAUAGAGAAGGUUAACCCCACAGAGCAGGACCUGUGUGAGGAUCUGAGCGACCUACAGAGCGUCAACGAGUGCGGCGUCCUGCACACGCUGACCAGUCGAGUUAAAGCCAACAUGCCGCUCACGCUCGCUGGACCCAACCUGGUGAACUUCUGGCCUCCGCUAGAGUCUCGCAGCAAGACUCCAAAGUCGCGGCGGGGGGACUCGUUGUGGGACGCUCCUCCGGCUCUGGCAGCUCUGGUGAAACGUGUGUAUGUGUCCAUGGUGGGCUCCCGUAGAGACCACAGCGUGUGUGCGGUGGGACGCAGCGGCACCGGAAAGACCACAGCGUGCCAAGCCUUCACACACACACUGCUCAAACAGGCUGGCACUACCUCAGAGAACAUCAGUGUGGAGCGGGUUCAGGCCAUGUUCACCAUCCUGCGGUCGUUCGGCUGUGUGAGCUCUCAGCACAGCGACGCCUCGUCCAGGUUCGCCAUGGUGUUCUCACUGGACUUCAACCACGCUGGACAGGCUGCUGCUGGACACCUACAGACGAUGAUGUUGGACAAAUGGAAAGUGUGUCAGAAGACUCAGGGAGAGAGUAACUUCCUGGUUUUCUCUCAGAUGUUGGCAGGAGCCAGCACAGAAAUGAGGACGGAGCUGCAGCUGCACCAGCUGCCUGAAUAUAACUCUUUUGGUAUCGUUCAUCCCACCAAGGUCGAGGAGAAGCAGCGAGCGUCCGUCGGCUUCAUCAAGCUGCUGGCUGCCAUGGAAACGCUGGGUUUCUCAGCCGGCGAGCAGAAGGCGAUAUGGCACGUCCUGGCUGGUAUUUACCAUCUGGGAGCAGCCGGGGUCUGUAAAGUCGGCAGGAGACAGUUUGUGAACUUCGACAGCGCUCAGGUGGCCAGCAGCGUUCUGGGCUGCGAGGGAGACGAUCUGCACACCGCUACUUUCAAACAUCACCUCAGACAGCUGCUGCAGAGAGCCACCGGGGGCAGCAGAGAGAGGAAUGCACCCGCGGAGUCAGAGGAGGGUCCCAGACUCACAGCUGUUCAGUGUGUUGAAGGAAUGGCUGCUGGACUCUAUGAAGAACUGUUCACCACCAUAGUUUCACUCAUCAACAGGGCUCUGAGCGGGAAGCAGCUGACGUUAGCCUCUGUGAUGGUUGUGGACUCGCCGGGUCUGAGGAACCCCCGACACUCUGCAGACGAGCGAGGAGGAAGCUGGUCCGAACUCUGUCACAACUACCUGCAGGAGAGACUGCUGGAGCACUACCACACACACACCUUCACACACGCGCUGGAGAGAUACACACAGGAGAAGGUCCACGUAGACUUUGAGUGUCCAGAGAGCAGUCCCACGGAGGUUGUGUCCGCCAUCGACCAGCCGCCUCCACAGGUCCGGGCAGCAGAUGGAGACCCCAGAGGUCUUUUAUGGGUUCUGGAUGAAGAGAUGGUCACACCAGCCUCCAGUGAGAACAGCGCCCUGGAGAGAGUCUGCCAGUAUUACAGCAGUGCUGUACGUCAGUGUGAGCAGCCGCUGCAGUGCGAGGUGAACCACCUGAUGGGCCGUGACCCCGUCCGCUACGACCUGACUGGAUGGUUCAGUAUGAUCCAGAACAACCCGUCUGCCACCAACGCCAUCUGUCUGCUGCAAAACUCCACCAUAGGGGUGUUGAAGGCCAUGUUCACCCCCACGGUCAGUGUUCCCCCUAUGUGUCGAAGUGUGGGGGGGCUGGAGGGCAGCAGCCAGCGCUCCCUGCAGAGGAACGGCACCAUCAGGAAAACCUUCAGCGGAGGAAUGGCGGCCAUACGCAGACACUCCCAAUGCAUCGCAGUCAAACUCCAGGCUGACGCUCUGGUGAAUCUGAUUCGUCGAGCCAGGCCGGUGUUCCUGCAGUGCGUGAGUGCAAAGACAGACGGAGGAAGUUUUGAUGUGCCGGCGCUCAGAGUGCAGCUGCAGUCCACACAGAUCCUGUCGUCCCUGCAGCUCUACCGCACAGGUUAUCCGGAGCACAUGACCCUGAGUGACUUCAGGUGUCACUUCCAGGCUUUAUCUCCUCCAAUCAUGAAACGUUACGCCUCCAUGUUUGUCAACCACGACGAGAGAAAGGCUGUGGAGGAGCUGCUGGUUGAGUUGGAUCUGGAGAAGAAGAGCGUCGUGGUCGGAGACAGCCGGGUGUUCAUGAAGCGAGGUGUGCUGCGUUACCUGGAGCAGCAGAGGGAUCAGCAGGUCAACGGCUGGCUGGUUUAUCUGCAGGCGUCCUGCAUGGGACACCAGGCCCGCCAGAAAUACCGAAAACUAAAGGUGCAGCAGAUGGCAGUCAGGUGUCUGCAGAGGAACCUGAGGGCUCUGAGGAACGUUGCUAAGUGGAGCUGGUGGAAACUUUUCUGCCGAGUCCGUCCGAUGCUCGACGUCAACAUGGACAACGAGAGGCUCAGAGCCAAAGAGGAUGAGAUAUCAGCUCUGAGACGACGCCUGGAGAAAUCAGAGAAAGAGAGGAAUGAUCUGAGGCAGACUGCAGACAGCCUGGAGACCAAGGUUACAGCCGUGACAUCUGAGCUAAGCGAUGAGCGUUUCCGUGGCGACGCCGUGGGUCAGGCUCUGGACGUGGAGAGAACAGAGAGGCUUCGGCUCAGCAGGGAGAACAAAGACCUGCAGGCUCGUCUAGACCAGUGUAAAGUCGCCAUGGAAACGCUGGAGAAGCAGCUGGAGGAGGAGAAACAGAAAGCCCAGAUCGCUGAGAGUCAGAGAGGAGCAGCGACAGAGAGCGAGCUGGCCAUGCAGCUGGAGUGCUGCCAGACGGAGGUGGAGUUCGUCCGCAGACGGCUGAAGCAGACGGAGGAGAAGCUGGAGGCGGAGAGAGAGACACGACAACAGCUCGAUACCAAGGUGGCCGCCCUGCAGACCCAGCUGGAGCAGUCCAGGAGGAGCGUGACAGAACUGAAACGACACGGCCGCCGCGUGACCUCUGACCUCCAGGAUGCUCGAGUCCUCACCGACAGUCUGCAGAGCCGCAUGCACGAGCUGGACCGCAAACAGAGGAGGUUUGACAGCGAGUUGACUCAAGCCCUGGAGGAAGCCGACAACGAGCGAGAGCAAAAGGACAAAGCCUUCCAGGAAAACAUCGCGCUGGGAGCUGAAAUCUACUCGCUGCGCCACAACCUGCAGGAGAGCCAGUCAGAGGUGGGCCGUCUGCUGAAACAGAAGGAGGAGUUGUGCGCUCAGAUCCGUGACCUCAGCCUGCCGGUUGAUCUCGCCACGGAUUCGUUACCUGACCUCAAGAAACAGCUUCGUCUCCUGGAAGGCCAAGCCAGCGAGAGAGCGGAGGAAGUCACCAAGCUCACUGCCAACAUACAACAGCAGCAACAGAUCCACAUGCGUUUUGAGGUGGAGAUGGAGAGGAUGAAGCAGAUCCAUCAGAAAGAGUUGGAGGAUAAAGAAGAGGAGUUAGAGGAUGUACACAAGUCUUCCCAGAGAAGGCUGAGGCAGUUGGAGAUGCAGUUGGAGCAAGAGUACGAGGAGAAACAGAUGGUGAUUCAUGAAAAGCACGACUUGGAAGGACUCAUAGCAACUCUGUGUGACCAGGUGGGGCACAGAGACUUCGACGUGGAGAAGAAGCUGAGGAGAGAUCUGAAGAGGACUCACGCUCUGCUGGCCGACGCCCAGCUGCUGCUCACCACCGUCGACAGUCCGGGACAGAACCUCCCCAACGGCAGCAAGGAGCAGAUCGAACGCCUGCACUGCCAGCUGGAGGAGAGCGAAGCGAGGCGGCUCGAGGCUGACAACAUCCAGACGACUCUCUCCCAGGAGCUGGACAACACUCAGAAUGAACUGGAGAAUAUCUGCAAGCAGAAGAGUAUGUCCGCCCUCUCUCUCAGUCCGGACCGCCAGGAGCCUCGACCCGGCCCCAGCAUCCUCAAACCUCCGUCCCCUCUACUGCCGCGUGCCGCCAGCGCUCGCUCCAUCAGCGACUCUCAGGCGCCAGCGUCCGCCUCCGCCAAACUGUCUCGCUUCAACUCCAGCGACUCCUUGUCCUCCCUGCCGUCCCUGCCUCGCCUCUCCUCCAUCACUUCCCCCAACGCCACCCGCCACCCGCCUCCCUCCCUCUCCAUCCCCGAGGAGGACUCAGAGGAGAGCGCUCCCCCUCAGCCGCCGAGAAGGUGCAUGCUGGGUAGUUUGGUGGCAGAGGACGGAGGCGAAGGCAAUCUGGGCUCGGAACCGAUGGUCUUCCAAAACCGGCGUCUGAUCGGCGAUAACGGGCGAGACGACGCGGCGUCCGACAUCCUGCCGGCGAUCCGCAGAGCUCAGUCCGCCAGCAGCCUGGCCGGCUCCGUCAGAGGAGGCAGGAGAGCGCUGAGCGUCCACUUCGGGGAGCUGCCCCCCUCCUCACGCAGCAGGAAGAGCUCCGAGACCGAGUCGUCCAGCUCGGGAGGGUCGGGAGGAAGUUCUCAGAGCGGACGGCCGAGGCGAAGGUUGGACAGACCGCAGGGAGAGAGACUGGAGGCGGAGGGCAGCGAGGGAGGAGACGUCGCCUCCGUCAUGAAGAGAUACCUGAAGAAAGAGAUAGACUGAGUCACAUCAGACGUCCAGCUGUGAGACCCGGCGGGCGGAGCAGCGAUCAGCACUGAAUGAGAUACUUCUAAAUAUUCAACCAGGAUGAGUUCUUGUGUCUCUACUCUCACAUCAUAUUGAUAUUAAAUUAAAAUCAAAAAUAAAAG